CCUCAGCCACAGUCAGCCCCUCCCCUGCAUAUUAUCUUGUUCAUAUACGAUGGCUAUUAAAAGAAAGUUUGACUCUGACUCUGUCGAAGUUGGCCGUCAAACCAAGCAAAUUAGAUGCAUCCCAUUUCCUGCAUACGAGCCAGAUUUCGACGUCGAAAUGUCAGACGCGUCGAGUUCAGAUAACGAGCUCAUGCCUGCUCAGCAAUUCCAUAGCCGGCACGACUCCACGGCCAGCACGAACUCUGACGCGUCUCUAACUCACCCCAGUAUGUCGUCCUCCCUAUUCCGAUACUCACGGUCAGUUUACAGUUACAUUCAACCCCUAACAGAUCGCUACCCGUCAUUCAAUAUCUAUCCUACUCCUUUCUUUGGUGGCCCUGGUGGUACUGUUGAUACUGAUUCUCACAAUUAUUCGAGGUACGCAACUCCCCCGCCGCAGGCACCCGCAAAGCCCGUUGGCCUCUUUGAGCCCAGAAACUCUUUCGCGCAUCACGG